UUUUUUACGCUUAUAAUAAUUACUACUAUUUUUAUUACAAUUAUCGUAAAUUAAUGCGUUUAUAUAUAAUUAUUAUUCGUGUAACCUUCACAGGUCCUGCAUUUUUAGUUACAUGUACACAAUUUUAUACACAAUUUGUUUUGCAUCUUAUGAAUAAUAUCUCGAAUGAGUAUCGUUAUGUUAUCAUCAUUACAUCACCCAGUAGAAUAAUAUACGUUUCAGAACUGUCCGAUCACUCAGUCCAGUCUGAUCCAGCAACACAUUUUGGAACGCAUUUAUAAGAGUUUAUCUGUUAUGUAAUUUAUGGAGAUUUUUUUAUUAACUGGUGUUCUUAAAUUAAAUAUAUACGGUUGAGAUUCAAAUUUCAACAGGUGGUUAUUAGAUGUUAUGUUUGAGUGUUAUGUUAUUGAGUGUCUGAUGUUUAUUAGUACAUAAGUAUUAUAGUCACGAUAAUGUCUCAACAAAUGAAUAAUACUACAUCGAAUAGUUUUCAAGCUUUACCAAUAUUGGCUGCUGUAGGAACUGUAGUUGUAAUAGGAUUAGCAUUUAAAUUAUAUAAAUCCUGGAGCGGUGACAAGAAGAAAAAGUCUCCAGUUUUGCUGGUUGACCCAGUUGUUAAAUAUAGUUUACCUCUAAUUGAAAAAGAAAUAAUAAGUCAUGAUACAAGAAAGUUUAGAUUUGGUUUACCAACCCCAGAUCAUGUACUUGGAUUACCAAUUGGUCAGCAUGUACACUUAACAGCAAAAAUUGGUGAAGAUGCAGUUAUACGUUCUUAUACACCUGUUUCAAGUGAUGACGAUCAUGGUUACGUAGAUCUUGUGAUUAAGGUAUAUUUUAAAAAUGUUCAUCCAAAAUUUCCUGAAGGAGGAAAACUAUCUCAAUACUUAGAUAAUUUAAAGAUUGGAGAGACAGUUGAUUUUAGAGGACCUUCUGGUAGACUGGUUUACAAGGGUCAUGGAAACUUUUCCAUAAAAAUUUUGAGAAAAGACCCACCUGUGGAAUAUACUGUUAAAAAGGUUGUGAUGUUAGCUGGUGGAACAGGUAUUACACCAAUGUUGCAAUUAAUUCGAGCUAUAGUAAAGGACCCCACAGAUGAAACCCAAACUUCUUUACUUUUUGCUAAUCAAACAGAAAAAGACAUAUUACUUCGAAAUGAAUUAGAUGAUAUUGCAAAGAAUCAUCCUAACAAAUUGAAACUUUGGUAUACAUUAGACACUAGCAGUGAAGACUGGAAAUAUAGUACAGGUCAUAUAAAUGCGGAAAUGAUAAAAGAACACAUGUUUCCUCCAUCACCUGAUACAAUUGUACUUAUGUGUGGACCACCUCCAAUGAUCAAUUUUGCCUGUAAUCCUAACCUGGAUAAAUUGGGAUAUGAUCCAAAAUUACGCUUCGCAUAUUAAAGUAACAAAUUGUUCUAUUAAGUUGAAGUGUAGAGAUUGCAUUUGGCUUAUUAAUGUAUAUUAUUGUUGAAUGAGAUCUUACAGAUACAACAUUAUUUUAUAUGAAUCAUGAACGGGUUUAGAAUACUGUAUACAUAACAUUAAUAACUGUUCAAAGUAAUUAAAAGUUAUGAAUAUUUAACUUACUAAACUAUUUUUAACAAUGUCAAAAUGUAAGAAAUUAUACAUAGUAUUUUUUAAUAGCCCAGUGAUAAUCUAAGAAAGCCGUGUUCACAAAUAUCGACGUAUUUAAAGGAAUAAAUAAUUAAACGAUUAAAGAAAAGAAAG